UCAGUUUAACAUUCAGUCAUCGAUCGACCAUCAGCGACAUCGAAGUAUUUAAGUGCCAGAGAGCGUUUCUGGCCGUUUGAUAGUGUGCGCCCUUCAAGAUGAAGUUCGUGAACGUAAUAGCGGCUGCAGUGCUCAUCAGUGUAAUGGCAGCUCAACUGCAUGCCACCCCUACAACACCCACAGCGUCAACAGGAUUUGGAUUCGAGCUGCUCCAGACCCAGCUGGAAGCGUUCGAAUCUCGAAUGCAAAAACAAUUCGAAGGCAUCCAGCUGUACAUCAAGCUGAACCGGAUCGAGCUUGAACACAUCAAGAAAACCACAGCGGAAUCACUGAUGAACAAAGAUUCGGGCGUUUAUUUUGUUAAUCUCAACCAAUCCGCUAACGCAUCGUUUGCGGUGUAUCGUGACGGCUCCAGCAACCACGGCUUCGGAAGCAAUUGGACCGUCUUCCAGCGAAGGUUCGACGGUACGGUAGACUUUAACCGCAACUGGACAGAGUACAGAAAUGGUUUUGGCAAUCUGCAUCGUGAGCAUUGGUUGGGGCUGGAGAAGCUCCGCACGCUCCUGGACACCGAACGGCACGAGCUGCUGAUAGUGAUGGAAGAUUUUGAAGGUGUAACGGCGUUCGCCAAGUACGAUAACUUCAAGAUCGGAACGGAGAGUGAAAUGUACGCGCUCAAAUCACUUGGCACGUACAGCGGCAUUGCAGGGGAUUCGUUCAGCACACAACUGAACCACAAGUUUGCAACCGCCGAUCGAGAUACGGCUGGCAAGUGUGCAGAUACAUUUCAAAGCGGUACAUGGUUCUCUUCCUGCUAUCAGAGCAAUUUGAAUGGUGUUUAUCUCAAGGGAGGAAAGCAAACGGCGAACAAAGGCUUGCAUUGGUACUUUUUCCGCGGUUAUUACUACUCGCUGAAGGCUACCAAGAUGAUGGUACGACCGUAUGCUUAUCGCAGUGUGACUUGAAAAUAUUUGGAUAAGGCGUAGUGGAGACGUCACUCGGAUAAACAUUAUCGAAUGCUGGACGGAUCAAGCGUUGUAGACUCGUCUUAAGACUGGGCCCAAAUUGUAAGAUCAGGACUAAUCGGGCAGCACGACAAAGGAGAGUGCUCCUAAUAUCUCUGGUCCAUUUAGAACUAAGAUAGGCUAGGAUGUAAGUUCUUGAAAUGUGGUUGGGACAGUUAACUUCGUUCUUAGGCAAGCCCUACUAUGUAAUAUUCGUUGCUUCAAUAUUUAUACUAAACUCUUUUCUUUUUGUGAAAAAGA